AUGGUGGAGUCCGGAGUUUUGAGCCACCAGGAGAAACGGGAGGGGACGAACAGCUGCGGAGUACCCAGGGCACCCCCAAAACGGAACCCCCACUUCCACCCCUACGCAAGGACGGAGACCGGUGGCAGCGACCAGCUGGGAGUCCGCCGGGAAAGGGUUAACAUCCUCGGCCGUAUUGAGCUGAGGAGAAGCUGCCGAGCGGCCCCCGAAGGCUCGGGACGGAGCGGGCACGGCCGCCCUCCGUUCACAAAGAGCAUUUACCAAGGUGGCAUCGUCAAUGCCACCCCCCAUUCAGCAGAGCCCGGCCUUGGCCUCCAGAAACCCCGGCCUUGCGUAAUCCCCCGCCCCCCCCACCCGUGGCCCCGCGCCUCCCAGGCCCCACGCGGCGUACUCACCAGCCCUUGGUGGGGGUUUCCCUCUCUUCCCCGCAGGUUCCUGCACUUGGCCAUCAUCCAUGAAGAGAAGUCACUGACCAUGGAAGUGAUCCGCCAGGUGAAGGGAGACCUGGCUUUCCUCAACUUCCAGAACAAUCUGCAGCAGACUCCACUCCACUUGGCUGUGAUCACCAACCAGCCAGAAAUUGCUGAGGCGCUUCUGGGAGCUGGCUGUGAUCCUGAGCUGCGAGACUUUCGAGGAAAUACUCCUCUCCACCUUGCCUGUGAGCAGGGUUGCCUGGCCAGUGUGGGAGUCCUCACGCAGACCUGCACCACACAGCAUCUUCACUCCAUCCUGCAAGCCACAAACUACAAUGGCCACACGUGUCUGCACUUAGCAUCUAUCCAUGGCUACCUGGGCAUUGUGGAACAUCUGGUGUCUUUGGGUGCUGAUGUGAAUGCUCAGGAGCCCUGUAAUGGCCGGACAGCCCUCCACCUUGCAGUAGACCUGCAGAAUCCGGAUCUGGUGUCACUCUUGCUCAAGUGUGGGGCUGAUGUCAAUAGAGUUACUUACCAAGGAUAUUCCCCGUACCAACUCACUUGGGGCCGACCAAGCACACGGAUACAGCAGCAGCUGGGUCAGCUGACCCCUGAAAAUCUCCAGAUGCUACCAGAGAGCGAGGAUGAGGAGAGCUAUGACACGGAGUCAGAGUUCACAGAAGAUGAGCUGCCUUACGAUGACUGUGUGUUUGGAGGCCAGCGUCUGACGUUAUGAACAGAAAAUGUCAAAAAAAA